UCUGCUGUACGUGUUACGAUGGAGAAAACAAAGGCGCCCUCAUUCGUCCAGCCCAACCUUACCGACUGCCACCCCUCUCCGAGCCUCGUGCACCUCUUCCGACGCCAUAGGAUCCUCCAGAGCCCCAUGUACCUCGUACGAUGGAUCUAUGCCUUGGUCUACUCUCUCUACCUCAUGUUGUUCGUGCGCGCUCCCAACGACUCUGACGUGGUGGAGUAUAUAGAAACCACGACCCUAGCGAUGCUGAUCCGUCCUGCAAGCAACGGCCGCUCCGACGAAUAUGACAUCACGGUCAACGAUUGCAAACUCCGCGCCACAGGAGACUACGAGCUAAAGUCACUAUCACUGAGGUACAAGAAUGGAAAGAACGGCGCCCAAAUUCUGCAUUUCACUCGCAACGGAGUUGAAGUCGGUGACAUGUCUCAAAUAUUUUCGACCUUCUAUUUCUACCAUAUCUACUCCUUCCACCCGAAGAUUCACUCGUUCUCCAAUGGCGUGGUGCGAUACAUCGUGGAUCAUGAUGUGAAGACUCUCCUAGAGUCGACCUACACGUCCAUACCGUUACACUACAGCCUCCUCCAUUCGUCGGUUAGUCCGCUACAGUGGGAGGGCGCAGUGUCUACCCGUCUUGGGUACGGUGGCUCGUGUAUCCGAGAGAGCGUUGUCGAGGAGAGCAAAAAUAUGGAUGAUCUGAAACUGCACCAGGCUACGUUCCGCUGGAACGCCCACGGAGAGGACACAUUUGUGUUCAAACUCUUUAGAAUGAAACAGGCGCUACAGGACGUCAUGGAACGCCACGGAAUUGACCAGAACCUGUUGGAAGGCCUUUUCAACCACACCAUUCUUCACAGUCUGGACCAUCACCAGAGCAGUCAGCAGCUUCGUCUCAGGUUCGCCCUCCAUCCAUGGGAAACAGGCUGCACCACCUACCAGGCCUUCAACACCAGCGUGUUCCGUGUGCUCAUGACGGGACCAACUCUGAACCCGCUGGCACCGAACACCCUCCGCUCCAUCAACAAACCGUUCUACCAGGACCUGUACCGGGAACUGAAGAAGGUCGACCCAAAUCUGGUGGAUGUAGUGACUGCUAGUGUCAUGUAUUAG